UUCAAUAUCAAAACACACUUAAAUUUAAUAAAUCUAGCAUGAUGGAUACUGUAGCAGCUAACUUAGAUCCAACUUACGAACCCGAUCCUAUGGACUGUGUCAAUACACCGGUAUCAGUAGGGCCUACGAAUGGUACAGUACAAACUUUAACAGAUACCACCAAAACAGAGGAUAAAGAUUCAGAGGAUAGCAGAGAAAAUUCAACGCCUGGAAGUGAUUUUGAUCCAGAAAAACGUUUGUCUUUAUCACCAGAACAGGGAACAGACAAGAGACUGACCUUUUCUCCAGAACAAGUGGCAUGUGUUUGCGAGGCUUUACAACAAAAAGGAGACGUUGAGAGACUAGCCCGUUUUCUGUGGUCCUUACCACCUAGUGAGUUAUUGAGAGGUAGUGAGGCAGUGCUUAAAGCUAGGGCUCUUGUUGCAUUUCACAGAGGGAGUUACAGAGAACUAUACGUCAUUGUGGAAAGUCACAAAUUUGACGAAAGCAAUCACAGUUUUCUGCAAGAUUUGUGGUACAAAUCGCACUAUAUGGAGGCACAGAAAAUCCGUGGAAGACCUCUUGGUGCCGUUGACAAAUACAGACUCAGACGAAAACAUCCUCUACCGAAAACUAUCUGGGAUGGAGAAGAGACAGUGUAUUGUUUCAAGGAAAAAUCGAGGCAAGCUUUGAAGGAUUGUUACAAAAAUAACAGAUACCCAACACCAGACGAAAAACGAAAUUUAGCCAAAAAAACCGGUUUAACAUUAACACAAGUGAGUAACUGGUUCAAGAACAGACGGCAGCGUGACAGAACACCUAGCCAGCAGACGAUGCACGGCAGUGAUGGAUUGGAGGACUGCAGGGCACACAAAAUUCCAAUGAACUUUAACCCCCAUCAGCAUCUCCCUCAACCAAUGUGGACCAACCAUCAGGACAUUAUGAUGAACGAUUACAGAAAUGACCAUAAUAUGGAAAUGAAAAUGCUAGAUGACUUCCGACACAACAUGACAUUGGCGCCAGUAAAAAAUGAACCAAUGGUACCGCCUCAUUUUCUGUGCGGACCACCUCUAGAUCAUCCGCAUAGACUGCAUCAUCCAAUUUCAUCGGUGUGAUAACUAAUCAAAAUUGAAAAAUGUGUUCUAUUUUUUGUGUAUUUAAUUCUGUGUCCUUUGUUAUGUUAAGUAUUGUAUUUCAGAAGUUUUAUAAGAUAUGUUAAGCAGUCAAAACUAAUGUAUGGAGACUGUUUUAUUUUCAAUUUGUUUUACUAAAAGGAGACUAAUACAACGGAUACUAGAUUGUUCUAUCAUUAUUGUCAACAUUAAUCUUUAUUAAUGAUUUACGAAACGAAACACCCAAACCACCCACAAACAAUAUUAAAUGAAAUUAACAAGAAUAUGGUAAGUGGCUAUAUGUAUGUCAAAUUAUAAGUAUAAAAAAGAUGGAUGCUACGCAAAUUUAAAAUUCACAGCCAAGUUUAAGUUAAUAUGAAUUUUAGAUUGGACGUCAAUGAGAUAAAAACUGCAAAAAACAAUAACUAAGACCUAAACACAUUGGUGUUGUAAAUUUUCUAUUCUGACGUGUAUGAUAUACAAUAAGGUGCAAGCAUUAAUCUUGUGUUAAAGUAACUAAUUAUUACUAGUAUUUGUAUUAUUGGUUUAAUUUUGGAGACAUAAGUAGAUUACGCUUGACCAUUCUAUUAUUUACAAACCUUAAACUAAAAGAAGCAUUGCUUAUAUUACAUCUAAAGUAUAAAGUGAUAUGUACUAAAAGUACUCUUUGUCCUUAAUUUUACAAUUCAAUUCAUCGCCCUCGUAAGCUUUUACAGAAUUGUUAAAAUAGUUGUUUUAAUGCUGUUUAUGUUUACUUUUAUUGAUAUGAGAGUUACACAUUUUGGAUUGUUUUUUGAAUAUGGAGUAUCAAAGCAAAUAAAACAGUUUCAGAAUAAACUAUCCCAAAUUGUGGCCUUCAUAUUUUGAAUUCUGCGAACCAAAUAAUAAAAAAACGCAAAUUUAAAACAAGACAUAUGAUUGCUGUGGUGUUGACCAUUUUCUGCUUUUGUGUAAUCAUUAUAGUCGUCGACUAUCAGUAUUUAUUUUCUAUCGUAUCCUUUGAAUUUCAGUAAAAAGGAGAAAAACAAAACUACAUAUAUGAAACAUAUGAAGGAACAUCUCAAAACAAUAAAAUUUGUAAAAAAAAUAUGAGACAAUUAUUAGCCAAGAUAAGUUUAAUCGGAAUAUGCAAGUGAAAUCUUUUAAACAUUAAAUAAUGAUUCAUGACAAAAUAUGCUAAAAAUGAAAUAAUUAUGAUAAUAAUCAAAGUAAGAAUAAAAUACCUGUAUGUAUUUUGUGUAGAAUAUAUUUGAGUAGCAAAUGACCGGACACUAUUUUCAAUGCUAUAUGUGCCUGGAAUAUUUAGCAGCUAUGUGAGGCUUUUGAUUUAUACUUUUGUUUCGUUCUGUUCAUAUUUUAUUAUAUUUUGCAUACAUUCUUUCAUUAUCGAUACGAAUACUAUUAGAUACCGAGCUUGUAUCCAUUUCACUUAUGUUUCUUUUCAAACUUUGCAUUUUCUCAAUUUAAUGCUUUGCAUGUCAUACACAUACGAAAUACAACCCACUUAUUAAAAAGCAUACUCAAGUCUAAUUAAGCAAUGACCACCUAAACAGCAUUUUUCUUUUCUCUUCUGUAUCUGUCACUUAUGUCAAAAUAUAUCUUGAAUGUUCAAAAAAGAUAAGUAGCAAAUCCUGUAUUUCAAAGGGUAUCAGGAAUAACACUACUUUUACAAGUCGAUCAUAGGAUCAUUAGAAGAUAAACAUGACGACCAUCUCAAAUGGCUGUAUUGAAAUGCCUGAAAUAUGUUGCAUUUAUUUUGAUAAAGUUUUCAGAGUCGUCUUUUUUUCCCUUUUAUUUUGCAACUUUAAUGGAUUUUUUUUUACAAAAGUUAUAAAAGUUCUGGAGCAACCAAUGAAAAUACUUGAAAGAUCAGAUACAUUGUAAACAAUACGACAAUGAAACUGAAAGCAUCAGUUUAGACACUGAAUUCUGUGAAUUCUUGGAACACGUUUAAGUUCUAUUGUGUUUUGUAAAAUCUAUCAUAUAAUUAAUAUAAUAUAAUUUGUAUUUUUGAACUCGUCAUUGUCAGAAAUGUUCUUAAAUCUGCAUUCACACAAAUGUCAUGCAUAUUGUAAAUGUAUUUGUUUAUUAAAUAUGGAAUAACAAGGAAAAUAAAACAGUUUCAAGACAAAAUA